AUGGUUCACUUCAUGUCGUCUGAGAAUAACAACAAUGUCUGGCAAUUGCCGGAAGAAGAAAUGAGCACCUUGGUCGGAGAUGAGAGUUUGAUGUUCUUAGACGAACCCGGCCGUGAAGACGAACCGCUUCGAAAACGAUGGAGACCAUCUUCUUCUUCUUCUCAAAUGACUACUGAUGAUCAGGAAUUGGGACUUAGUAACAACAAGCUUCCAGUCCCACAAUAUGAGUACAACCCACUCGAUGAACCAAGCCCAUUGGGUUUACGGUUAAGGAAGAGUCCAUCUUUGUUAGAGUUGGCUCAAAGGAGGCUCAACGAAGUCAAUAAUGACAAGGCUGUUGAAAAUCUUGAAGCAAGAACCAAGAGACGUUUGAAAGCAAGGACAAGGGCCAGGGCCUCUGGUUCCCUCGAUAAGUUGAAGGCUUCUCAUUUUCCAGCUUUACUUCUGAGAAUCGGGCAAUGGGAGUAUGUGUCAAAACAUGAAGGUGAUCUAAUGGCGAAAUGUUAUUUCUCAAAGCAUAAGAUCGUAUGGGAAGUUCUUGACGGUGGACUGAAGAAAAAGUUUGAGAUCAAUUGGGCAGAUAUCAUGGGUCUGAAGGCAAGCUGUGCAUCUGAUGGACCUGGAAGUUUGACUAUUGUGCUUGAUAAGCAACCACUUUUCUUCAAAGAAAUCAACCCGCAGCCUAGAAAACACACGCAGUGGCGGGCAACUUCAGAUUUUACAGAUGGAGAAGCAAGCACACACAGGCAACACUUUCUACAAUGUGCACAAGGCGUGCUCGACAAACACUAUGAAAAGCUGAUCCAGUGUGAUACACGGCUCAACUUUCUGAGCCAGCAGCAAGACAUUGCUUUGGACUUCCCAUAUUUCCCACCGAAACCUUCUAUUAAGGAUCAGGAUAUAUUGGGGAACAGUGACUUUAACCUUUCAGAUAUUUAUAAUAUUGCACAUAUGGGUUCUCCAUCAACUUUACAUAAGUCCUCUUUAUCAAAAACUAUAGACCCGAGCUCUCUUAGCUUGAUACCUCAAGAUAUGUCUAGAGAAGUUCAUUCUUCUAGCUCAGGUAUGUCUACGGAAAUGGAGGGACAAAAAGACAUCGAACAGUUAAAUGCACCCCGUCUCAAGCCAACCUUGUCGAUAUCCGAUUUUAUAAACUAUGUUGGAAACAAUCUUUCUGAGCAAAGGAAUCUACCAUUUUCCGAUAGUGUUCUUAGCCAGGAAAUUCCAAAAGACAUGCUAGAAAACAUUUCAGAGAUCCUACUCGGUGACAGCCAACUGACAACAGCCUCAGAUGAGAAGACUCUCAUGUCACGAGUCAAUUCCCUCUGCUGCCUUCUUCAAGAUCGCCAAAAGGGUCAUCAAGACGGAAAUGUCCUUUCUACGCAUGAUCAUAAUCUAUCCCUGCAGCAAGAAAAAAAUGGCAGUUCCACCUCUGAUUCUAUUAUAAUGCCUGGAAAUACGAUUCAAGAUGGUGCUAGUACUUCUUUGUCAGCUAAGCUUCCUCAGGAUUACCUAAAUGACAGUUCGACUCCUGGUUCCAGUCAGAUAGCACAACAAGAUGGAAAUGCCAGUUCUAACCUCGAGUCUAAUCCUAUAUCCGAGACUGGGACACCACUAGAUGGACCUAACCAGGAAUCGGGCUUGUCAAGAAAUGACUCGUAUGCAGAUUUGGUGCAUCAUCUUCCCCGCAUUACGUCUCUCCCUAGGUUCUUGUUUGACAUUUCUGAAAAUGGUGAGAUAUUGAAGUGA